AUGCUUCAGGAGCUGAUGGAGACGCUGCAACCAUGGACACGAUCCGUUCUCAUUGCCGAGUUCAGCUUCUCAACCUCUAUGCCCGCGGCGUUUCCUCACGUACUGGCGGCGCAGUACAACAGCACUGUGGAAGCAUUGUUGAGCGACCGCGAGGAAUGGAACAUACGAUCGCCAUUAACGCCAAGCCAAAUGACACAGGCAGGCGAGUCGGCUGGAUUCAGACUGGCCUCGCACAAGACCAUGACGCCUGGCGAAAAGAACCGCGAAGGCUCACGGGAGGUGCGAAUGCUGCUCAAGGCCAGGGAAUUCGAGAACGAGCGACAGCUUGUAGAGCAGCGUCAUGGUCCGCGCAUCGCACUCAUGUUGAACGGUCUGAAGGAUGCCGUUGCCGAGAGCGUCGAGCGGCUCGGCGGGAUUGAAGCCGUCAGAAACAUGGAUGUCUGGCUCGCAAAGUUUGACCAGUUGACGUCAAGUCUGGUCGUUGUUCCAUUCUACAUCCACCGUCUUCUGUCCGUCAAGCCAGACUCCAGCUGGCAUGUCGGCAGCCUGAUGUCCUCAGCUACCCCAUCAAUGGAAGAAAGAGAGGCAAACGAGUCCACACGCCUGCUGCGUUCACAAGAUGGCCAUGAUGCAGCGCCUCAACCCGAACCCUCGACCGUCCCGAGUGCGCGCCACACAAUCCUCGUCGUGGCCGCAAUUCAAAUCUUUUUGAAUAUUGGAAGCUAUGUCAGCUUCGCAGCCCAACUAGCCAUAUUACAGGACAUCGUCUGCGAAAGUUACUAUGAGCGAGGACUACCUGUAUCCGGGGACGACGGUCGAUGCCAGGUGGACGCUGUACAGAGCGAAGUCGCCUUUAUUAACGGUUGGAAAGAUGUGUUUGAGAUGCUGCCAGCCAUUGUCCUGGCUGUUCCAUAUGGAGCUUUGGCAGACCGCAUCGGGCGCAAAAAGGUAUUUCUUCUCGCCAUUGUAGGCAUAGGUAUGAAUGACCUGUGGAUGCGAAUCAUUUUCUGGUUCUCCCACGUCUUCCCCGUUCGAGCGGUUUGGUUCGGCGGCUUGUGGCAAAUGAUCGGAGCCGGCGCCGCAUCUCUGUCAUCUAUUUCAACGACGGCCUUCUCUCAGCUUCAAUCAGCCAUUAUGAUUGCUCAGUUUGUCUUUGUCCCUGUAGGAGGCACAUUGAUAUCCGUCAACCCUUGGAUUCCCAUGCUCAUCUCCUCCGUGGUGACUGCUUUGGGCUUCCUUGGAGCGCUGAUCUUUCUACCGGAGACACUGCCACCGGAAGAACGCGACUCCGGCAUUACUGGUGUCUCCAACCACCACCGUGACGAUCAAACUACAUCCACAGGCGCCAAGUAUGGCUUUCAAGUUCGGUGGACGAACUUGGUGGCAGGCUUUGCCGCGAUGAUGAAAUGGGUCAGGCAAAACGCCCGACUUGUCCUGGUACUUGUAUGCUUCUUCCCAUGCAGCAUCGGGCAGCAGGCAAGCGGGUCUCUGCUUUUGCAGUACGCCUCGAAGCGCUUGAAUUGGUCUUUGGGCAAGGCUUCGUAUCUCGUGUCCCUUGGCGCGGGAAUCAAUUUGAUUGUGCACGCCAUCGGCAUUCCUGCUCUAUCUACUCUCCUGUUAUGGCGUCUCAAGCUACAUGAAAUCGCCAAAGAUAAAGGCAUUGCCCAAAUCAGUGGCUUUUUCCUCGUCCUUGGGACAAGUAUCAUCUUUGCUGCAGGAUCUUGGCCUAUCCUUGUCCUCGGCCAAGUACUAUAUAGCAUGGGACUGGCGUUCAGUGUCCCUGCGCGAAGUAUAGUGACAAGCAUGGUCGAGAAGCGGCAUCUCGCAGCACUUUAUACGACAAUCUCAGUCUUGCUAUAUGGUGGUAUGCUCACUGGUGGGCCUUUGUUUGCGGGCGCAUUUGGCUGGGGGCUCCGGAUGGGUGGGCUGUGGAUUGGGAUGCCAUAUUUGAUAGCUUGUGGCUGCUUUGCGUUGGCAUUAGUGGCCGUUUCAACGGCGCCGACAGCGGGUCAAGUGCCAGGUGCGGUGGGUGGUGAGGAUGGAGACGUAGAUCCUCUCAGUCCAGAAGACGUCAGAUAG